GGCGGAGUCAAAUGCUGAAUUGCUUGGCUUUAAAAGGAUCAUAAUAUGCUUCGUACUCGGAACAAUUUGUCAGUCGAACCUGGGAGUUCUUAGGUACCAUUUCAGCUUGGACCCAAACGUGACAACAGGAACAAAUAGAUACUGUUGCGCCAAUGUUAUUUUGGGUUGAAAAUGACCACGAAGCAAGUCACCUGCAGAUAUUUCUUACAUGGAGUAUGCAGAGAAGGGAACAGGUGCAUGUUCUCUCAUGACUUGACUACAAGUAAACCGUCAACCAUUUGCAAGUUCUAUCAGAGAGGCGUGUGUGCCUAUGGAGAACGUUGCCGGUAUGACCACAUCAAGCCCUCUGGAGGGAGAGGGGGAAGUGUCCCUGCUGACCCGCCCAGCAGAAGCCCUGGUGUUGGGGCCUUUGUUCCUGGGGCAGGCCCCCCAGCAGCCACUGGGAGACACGGCAAGAAACCCCUAGUCCUGAGAGAUAGAGCGCUUGGAUGUGACAGCCGCAUGCUGCCGUAUGGAGGAGAGAGUGCAGAGGUGGUGCCCGAGGCAGAGUGCUGGGACUACCCGGACCCCACCAGCCAGGCCAAGCCUCAGACCUACCUAGAGGCCAUGCGCACUGGGCUGGAGUGCUCCGCCACCGCCGGCCCCGGGUCCUACCCCGACAUGCUGCCCCAGCCGCAGCCCCAGCUGUGCCCCUACGCUGCGGCGGGCCAGUGCCACUACGGCAGCAGCUGUCCUUACCUGCACGGUGACAUGUGUGACAUCUGCAGGCUCCAGGUGCUGCACCCCCACGACCCGGAGCAGAGGAAAGCCCACGAGAAGAUGUGUAUGCUGGCGUUCGAGAGCGACAUGGAGAAAGCGUUUGCGGCGCAGCACAGCCAGGACAAGGUGUGCAGCAUCUGCAUGGAGGUGGUGUACGAGAAGGCAGCGGCCUCCGAGCGGCGCUUCGGCAUCCUGUCCAGCUGCUGCCACACCUACUGCCUCAGCUGCAUCCGCCAGUGGCGCUGCGCCAAGCAGUUUGAGAACAAGAUCAUCAAGUCAUGUCCCGAGUGCAGAGUGGUAUCGGAGUUUGUCAUCCCCAGCGUGUACUGGGUGGAAGACCAGGACGAGAAGAACAGACUCAUCGAGGAGUUCAAGUCUGGAGUCAGCAAGAAGCCCUGCAAGUACUUUGACCAGGGCCGGGGCACCUGUCCGUUCGGAGGGAAAUGCUUCUACAUGCACGCCUACCCCGACGGCACACGCGCCGAGCCCGACAAACCUCGCAAACAGCUCGGCUCUGAGGGGAACGUGCGGUUCCUGAACAACGUGCGCCUGUGGGACUUCAUCGAGGAGCGGGAGCACCGGGCCGUGCCUCAUCUGCAGCACGACGACGAGGUGAGCGAGCUGAGGGAACUCUUCAUGCAGAUGUCUGGACCGGGGGACGACAGCGGGGUCCCGCCCCCUGCCCCUCACUGAACCAGCCCCGCCCACUCUCACCACGCCAUCUCCCAGCCCCGCCCAGGGCUGCUAACCUGCUCGCUGAUGUCUCAUGUUAAACUGCAUACAACACUGGACAAUAAAAAAAAAAAAUAUUCGCCCUUACUGUUAUAGUUACAAUAGGACAUAUUAUUUCAGUAAAAAAAAAAAAUGAAAAAAAGUUUCAUUUCCUGUAAAGAAGUUGUGUGAGCUCAUGAGGCCUUCUGAGAGUUGUUCAGCAACAUAGACAGCUUAGUGCCAGUGUAAUGUCCAUUUUAAAUUUUGGAGCAGCCCGCUGCUUUCCAGCCAGUCAUGUUACAGAAAUCCUGUUACAGCCAAUUGGGUUUGGCGAGGCAGGCCUUGCUCGGCUUCAUUUGUAAAACCACUGUCAAUCAAACUCGAGGGAAAGCGUGCAAGUUCAGACAAGAAUUGUGGGUGCUGCCUCUCAUAUUUGAAUUCAUUUUACUAGUCCCCCCUGAUGAAGCUGGUGAUGAAGUUGUUGGUCAGUUGAUUUGGUAACCCAAUUGAAGUUUGUGCGCGUUUGCAUGAAGGUGGCGUAUUCGGCAACGCAGGCAGAGUUUGCGUAAUAGUGUAGUGCCUGUUGCCGGCUUGCGAGAUCCAGGCCAUGCCCGCAACAUGUUUUAUAUACAAUUCAUAGACCUUUUGUUUGUUUCCGCAAAUAGCUCAUCUAAACAUUGUCACACGUGGCACUGCAUGUCCUUGGGUCAUGACGAAGACACCUGCCGACUUGCAACUUCAUGCAGUGCCCGGUUCUCAAGAGAGCCAGAUAUAACCCCCACACAGAUUCCUGGAAUUAUAGUUGGAUAAUGGUACCUAUUGUAGCUUUAAGCCUUUCUUGUCGGAUGGUUGGUUUGAGGUUUCUUUUUUCUCCCCCCACCCCCCCCCCCAAUGGCAUUUUUACUGUGUGGUUGUUGUGAGAGGAAAAAUGGUAAAUCUGUACAUAGACGUAUCCACAAAUGGUUCCGUUAGAGAGCUCCUAUAUUUUCCUGAGACGCUUUAGAUAACGUUUUGUCAAGAGUGGAAGUCUUUUUCAGCGUGGGUUUGGGAUCUUAGAAACAUGACUGCUGCAUUGUGGAGCAGGUCCAGCGGUGGCUGUCCAGACCAAGCUUAAGCAAGUUCUGGAUUAAAUUGCACUUUCAAUGGGACUGUUCUGUUGAAACUCAUUUUAUUCUAAGAGUUGGCUUAACCUCGGUCUGCAACCCUAACCAUAUUGUGUACUGUAUAUUCAACAACACAGAAUGAAGGAAAGGUGACUUCAGUGUCAUGCACCCAAAUCUAUCUCAGACCAUUUAUUUCUAUGAAACAUGAAAUUCUGCUGUGUUUUAGAAAAGUUACAUUUUUGUUGUAACUAGUUCCUUAUAUGAACUGUCAAGUAUAUAACUGUUUAUGGCUGCUCACUUGAGAUUUAGUGACAAAGUGACUUUUAUUCUUUAAUGGUAUGAAAUCAUGCUGACCUGAUCCCACAUUUUAUGUGAGUCAAUAAAAAAAGAGUAACUGCCAGAAUGUCAACAAAUGAUAUCAUUAGUGUAUUAUAUGAACUGUCUUGUUGAGUGACACUGGAAAGACUAGACAAUAGCAGUGAGUUUGGUGUCUAAAUAUAUUAUGCUAAAAAUGUUUCAAAUAAUGUAUAACCUAUAAAUCAUCCAUGAGAAUGUUGAUUUAUAAUUAUCCACCUUCAUUUCAGUAUUAAUUAUUUCUUUGUUUAUUCAAUUACAAAAUGAGUUCAUUCACACAAUAAAUAAAAGGUUUGACAACACCA